AUGAUCACAAGGGCUUUACGGCUCCACCAGGGCCUGAUUGGCUUCGGCGCCGUCAGGCCAGACUGCACCGGCGGCGGCAGCGGGCAGGCAGCCGCGGGACCGGGGCGCACAGGGGCCGGGUGGCACCGGCAGCACCUUGUGCCCACGAUGCCGGGGGCCACCGCGGUGGCCGGCGCGGUGCUGGUGGCGCUGCUGGCGCUGGUCCCUUCACCCCAACCCAUCCCAUGGCUCCGGCCCCCGCAGGCAGCUGCGGAGUGGACCCCGAUCCACAGCCCCGGCGUCUGCGCCUUCUAUGACGAGUGCGGCUACAACCCGGAGGUGAACGUGUCGCUGGUGGCCUCCAAGGUGCCGUGUGUGUCCAACACGCCGGCGCGGGAGGCCACGGGCGGGCUCCUGACGCUGCUGAGCUCCGUGUGCCCGGAGCUGGUGCGCGACAUGGCCGGGACGCCGCGGGUGUGCUGCAGCCUGGCGCAGCUCGUGGCGCUGCAGGUCAGCGUGGCGCUCUCCGGCACCGUGCUGGCGCGCUGCCCCUCCUGCGCCCGCAACUUCGCCAACAUCCACUGCAACAACAUCUGCAGCCCCGACCAGAGCCUCUUCAUCAACGUCACGCGCGCGCUGCCGGUGGAGGGCACGUCGGAGUUCGCUGUCGUCGAGUACCAGUGCUUCUACCAGCAGGAGUUCGCCGAUGCCGCCUUCACCUCGUGCCAUGGUGUCCGGCUCCCGGUCACCGGCGGCUACGCCCUGGACAGCAUGUGCGGGCGCUACGGCGCGCAGCUCUGCACCGCGCAGCGCUGGCUGGACUUCCAAGGGGACAAGAACAACGGGCUGUCGCCGCUGCAGAUCAACUUCUACCUCGUGCCCAACGGCACGAGCCCCGGCGAUGCCCUGGAGCCGCUGAGCGCCCGGGCCUACAGCUGCAGCGAGGCGCCCAGCGACGAGGAGGAGCCGUGCUCGUGCCAGGACUGCGACGAGUCCUGCCCCACCAUCACCCCCCCGGCCGGCCCCGCGCCCCCCUUCCGCAUCGGCGCCGCCGACGGCGCGCUGGUGCUCUGCGGGCUGCUCUUCGCCCUCCUCGCCUUCCUCUUCCUCCUCGCCUUGUGCUGCCGGCACCGCAGCUCCAAGAAGGGCGUCGUGCUGCAGCCGGCCCCGGCGCGCGCCCCCGGCUGCUCGGAGCGAUGGGGCGAUGCCGGGCACCGGGCGCUGACCAGGGCGUUCCGGUGGUGGGGGACGCUGGUGGCCUCGCACCCGGUGCCGGUGCUGGUGGUGGCGGUGGCGGUGGCGGCGGGGCUGUCGACCGGGUUCCGCGUCCUGCACCUCACCACCGACCCGGUGGAGCUGUGGUCGGCGCCGGGCAGCCGCGCGCGGCAAGAGAAAGCCUUUUACGACCAACACUUCGGGCCGUUCCUCCGCACCAACCAGGUGAUCGUGACGGCGCUGCGGGGCAGCGGCUCCAGCUACGACUCGACGCUGUUCGGCGCCACCAACUUCAGCGCGGUGCUGACCAUGGAGGUGCUGCAGGCGCUACUGGAGCUGCAGCAGCGCUUGGCGGCCGCGACGGCGGAGGCGCCGGGCACGGGCAGGACGGUGACGCUGCAGGACGUGUGCUACGCGCCGCUGAACCCCAGCAGCCCCACGGCCGCCGACUGCUGCGUCAACAGCGUCACCCAGUACUUCCAGAACAACGGCACCCACCUGGCCAUGGUCGCGCAGGCCGACAGCCAAGGCACCGGCACCGUGGACUGGCGCGACCACCUCAUCUACUGCGUCAACUCCCCGCUGUCCUUCAAGGACAUCACGACGCUGGAGCUGAGCUGCAUGGCUGACUACGGCGGCCCCGUGUUCCCCUACAUCGCCUUCGGCGGCUACAGCGGCUCGGAGUACACGGAGGCCGAGGCGCUGAUCGUCACCUACUCGCUCAACAACUUCCCGCGCGAGGACCCGCGGUACGAGUGGGUGCUGAGCUGGGAGAGCCGCUUCCUCGAGCUGGUCAGGGACUUCCAGCGCACCCACGGCCAAAACCUGUCCGUCGCCUUCAUGGCCGAGCGCUCACUGGAGGACGAGAUCAGCCGCACCAUGGGCCAGGACAUCCCCGUCUUCGGCACCAGCUACUUCGUGGUGUUCGCCUACAUCGCGGUGGCGCUGGGCGAGUACACGGCCUGGCGCCGCGUCAUGGUGGAGUUGAAGGUGAUGCUGGCGCUGGGCGGCAUCGCCGUGGUCGUUGGCUCCGUGUUCUCCGCCAUGGGGCUGCUGGCGCUGCUGGGGCUGCCCUCGUCCCUCAUCAUCCUCGAGGUUGUGCCCUUCCUCGUCCUUGCCGUGGGCGCUGACAACAUCUUCAUCUUCGUGCAGGAGUACCAGCAGCAGUCGUCGCGGGAGCCGGGCGAGCGGCGGGAGCAGCACAUCGCGCGGGUGUUGGCGCAGGUCGCCCCCAGCAUGGCGCUGUGCAGCCUCUCCGAGGUCAUCUGCUUCCUGCUGGGCGCGCUCUCCUCCAUGCCGGCCGUGCGCACCUUCGCCCUCACGGCCGCUCUCGCCAUCGCCUUCGACUUCCUGCUCCAGAUCUCCGCCUUCGUGGCGAUCCUGGCGCUCGACGCCCGGCGGGAGGAGGCCUCGCGCCCGGACGUGUGCUGCUGCUGCCGCCAGGACAAGGGGCCUCCGCGCCCGGGGCUGCGGCUGCUGCGGCCGCUCCUGCAGCGCCUGGUCCCGGGGCUGCUGCACCCGCGAGUGCGGCCCCUCGUGGUGCUGCUCUUCCUCUUCCUCUCCUGCACCGGGCUCUACCUGAUGCUGCAGGUGCCCGUGGGGCUGGACCAGGAGCUCGCCAUGCCCCAGGACUCCUACGUGCUCCAGUACUUCAGUGCCCUCAACCAGUACCUGGCUGUGGGGGUCCCCACGUUCUUCGUCACCACCGAGGGCUACAACUUCUCGUCCACCGAUGGCACCAACGGGAUCUGCUCCAGCUCCGGCUGCGACAGCGACUCGCUGACCCACAUGGUGGAGAUGGCCACGCGCUUCCCCGACGUGUCCUUCCUGGCCAUCCCGGCCACCUCCUGGCUCGACGACUUCCUCGACUGGCUCAACCCCACCAGCCGCUGCUGCCGCAUCCACCAGUUUGGCAACGCCAGUGGCCAGUUCUGCCCCGCCACCAGCGCUCUGCCUGCGCGGGGCUUGCGUAACCUCACCCCGGGCUGCCCCUUAUCGCCUCCUCCUGCCUCCCGAACGCCGGUCACAGCCCCCGCCGCAGCCCGUUCCCCACCGCGGGCCGCGCACCGCGGGGUGAGCCCCCUGCAGAGCCCGGCCGCCCCCCGCGGAGCCUGCAGCGAGCUCCGGCCGGGCCCCGACCGGCGGGAACCGGCGGCGGGGGCUGUGACAGGCGCCCUUGAGCCGCGCUGGCGGGGCUCGCCCCGCUGA